CAACAUCUUAUGUAUUUGACCUUGGGUUUGCGGGCUAUUCGUCUGAAUUUCGAACCGGGCGGGUUAUGAAUUUCUUGAGUAUUCCUUUAAAGAAGUCGGCUCCUGUUGAUUUAUCCAGUAAUUUCCAACAGUUGAUCGCCCUGCAGUAUGGUGCUCCAACCGCAAAUGCGUGCCUUGGUUCACUCGGUGAGUUAUCGUCAAUGCGAACUGUCGCAUGUGUCAAAGGCGAUAACUACAACCCGACAGUCGAAGCAAUCGCAGCGUAUCAUGAUGCAAUGUAUCAAUUAGAAGGACGUCUAAAUGUGAAUGUUGCUUCACGAGUUGAUUUUAAGUGGAGCGAUAUUUCUGGAAAAUCUAACAAAAAAGAAAGCUCUCUUAAAUUUGAACGUUCAAAUGUUUUGUUUUGCUAUGGUGCUGCUCACAGUCAACUUGGUGAAUCGUGCCGUCCCAAUUGUGAAAAUUCACUCCAACAAGCUUUGAAAUCUUUCAAGAUUGCUUCCUGCACAUUUGACUACAUAUCUUCAGAUUUGAUGUCUGGGGUUAAAGAUCCUCUACCAGAUUUAACUUCAUCAGCACUAACACUGUUCAGUAAUCUUAUGCUUGCUCAAGCAUAUGAAUGUGUCCUCUCGAAAGCUGAAAAAGAUAAGAAAAAGCCUGCCAUUUUAGCAAGAAUAGCAUCAACCUUGACUAGUCUUUACGAAGACUGCCUGUCAGAUUGUUCAGGUGGAGCUAAAAAUGUUGUUCCAAAAGAUUGGUCUGGUGUAUUAAGCAUGAAAAAAGGUUUAUAUGAAGCUCUGACACAAUAUCAUCAAUCUAAAGCUUGUUGCGAAGCCAAACAGUACGGGGAACAAGUAGCUCGCAUAUCAUUUGCUUAUGAGCUAAUCAAAUGUGUUGCUCGAAGUAGUUGUUUUCAGAGAAAGAAUUUAGUGGAACAAUUUAAACAAGAAGAAUCAGUUGCAAUAAAAGACAAUGACCAUAUAUAUCACGAAAAGGUACCCGCCAGAGGAAGUCUUGCUCCUGUCGAAAUUGUUGAUGUCAUUAAAAAAACCCCACUCACGUUCCCUUUGUCCUCAUCGACUACCAAAGAUUACUUCGAAAAUCUACUUCCUAUCGCUGUUACAGAAGCUGUUAACACUGCUAAAGGUGUUCGUGCAUCUCUUAUCGACAGCGAAAUUUGCACGCUACGAGGAGCAUCCACUAAAGUGAAUGAAGUGUUAGCUUCAUACAAUUUCCCGGCAGCAUUACUUGCUAAGGGAUCAAACUCAAUUACGGAUAAUAUUUUAUCCAAAGCUACUUCUAUACGUCGAGAUGGUGGGGCAGAAAAAUUGUAUCAGCAACUAAUGUCGAUACCUGAAUGCGUUCAACGUAAUAAAGAAAUUAUUGAGGCUGAGAAAAGUUCACUAGAUGAUGAAGAGAAUUCUGAUAAUAGUUUACGAAAACAAUAUGGUGAACGUUGGUCACGGAAACCAUCAAGUGAAUUGAACAAAUUAUGGCGUUCUGAUAUACAAAAAUGUUUGAAUUUACUUGAACAAACUACGAAAACUGAUGCAUCUCUUUUAGAACGAUAUGAAAAGCAUAAAGAACAUUUUGAAAUAUUAAGUAAACCAGAAGAUGAACUUGAAACGCUUAUUGGAUCAGAUGCAAAAUUUGCCGAAUCUAAUACUGAAGCCAAUAAUGAAGAACUAAAAUCUGAACUAACUCAGUUAUGCAACAAACUAGAAUUAAUUAAGACGGAAAGAAAUGAUCUAAUAGAACAGUUGAAAUUAGUUGAUUAUUCACCGGAUCUAGGAUAACUGAAAACUAGUAAUUAGAGCAAAAUUAGUGAAUCAUAACUGACGUAAAAGCAUAUCACUAAUGUGUGUCAAACCAAGUUCCUACACCAUAUCAGCGUAGUGAGUUGAAAUUAACUAGAUAACCGUCGUAAAAUUUGAAAUAAUUAUAGUAUCUGUGAUAAGUAACACUAAGCAUAGAGAAUAGACUUCAGAAAGAAACAAAAAAAUAAGGCAAUCAGAUUUAUUAAAUUUCACUGAAACUCAUUUAAUUUACUUGCAUGAUUUUCAAUCUACCUGUGUAUCUUAUCUACCUAUUGACUUCUUAUUAAAGCUUCAUAUAAUUUAAUGUAAAAUCAUUAUGAACUGUAGGUAAUUGAUGAAAGAUAAAACUAACGGAAUCUUAUACAAUACUUGAUCAUUUUAUUUGAAAUUAGCUAACACUAUUUUAUUUUCUGUUGUUUUUAUUCAGUCCCUACUCGACCUGAACCAUCUUAUGCUAACCGUGUCAACCCUGUUCCUCCCACUCAUCCUCAAGUUCCAAUGCCAACACCAACAAUUCCCAUGAUGAAUAGUACCACAUAUCCGAUGCCUCCACAAGCAUGGAAUCCUCAAGGCUAUCCUGUGAUGCCUCAACCUUCACCAUAUGGUAAGCAUUAAAAAUUUGAUGUAUAUUGUUUUCAACAGAAUGUGGAAUGGAAGUUUUUUCUCUGGUAUGUUGUUUAGUGUGCUUUUUUGUUACUGAAAAAAAUCAAAUUUGUGUUUGACUAAAGUAAAAAUAAGAAGUGUAUCGGAAUAAGAUGAAAUCAUUGAUUUUUUUGAAUUCUUGUUAGCUACUUACAACCUAAGUAGCUAACAAGAAAUUUGGGCAGCAUCAUUGAUGAACAGGGUGGAUCUGAUGCAGAUGUGAAGGCGCGGAUCGACAAAGCAAGAGCAGCAUAUUUACAACUGAGGAACAUCUGGAACUCAAAACAACUGUCAACCAACACCAAGGUCAGGAUUUUCAAUACAAAUGUCAAGACAGUUCUACUGUAUGGGGCGGAAACCUGGAGAACUACGAAAGCCAUCAUCCAGAAAAUACAGGUGUUUAUUAACAGUUGUCUACGCUAAGUACUUUGGAUCUGUUGGCCGGAAACUAUUAGCAACGACCUACUGUGGGAGAGAACAAACCAGAUCCCAGUGGAGGAAGAAAUCAGGAAAAAGCGCUGGAAGUGGGUAGGACACACAUUGAGGAAAGCACCCAACUGCGUCACAAGACAAGCCCUCACAUGGAAUCCUCAAGGCCAAAGGAGGAGGAGAGGAAGACCAAAGAACACAUUACGCCGAGAAAUGGAAAUAGACAUGCGAAAAAUGAACGAGAAUUGGAUGGAACUAGAAGGGAAGGCCCAGGAUAGAGUGGGUUGGAGAAUGCUGGUCAGCGGCCUAUGCUCCAUCGGGUGUAACACGCGUAAGUAAGUAAGUAAGUAACUUACAACCUAGAAACAAUAGUAAUCAUCAUUUAUAACCACCUUUACAUCAUAUUAUUAAGGUUUAGUAGAAUAAUGACAAUAAUUAUGAAAAAGUUUGUAAAGUGACCGAGCAUUUAUUUGUUACUGAAUGUGAAGAUUUUAGAAAUGUUUCUAAUGAAUGGAAAUCGAUGCUGCAGCGUUACGUAUUAACAACCAUAAAGUUGAAUAGAUUUACAGAAUAAGAUGAGUAAAGCUCAAAGGUUGACUCAAGAAUGAAUUUGUAAUUAAGAAUAUGAAAUGAGAUACUAUGUAAUUGAUUAAUAAAAAAUAGAACGUACUAGGAUGAUGAGAGAUUUAAAACUGUGUCUAUUUUUAAAUGCAUUAAUUUAAUUUCAACUUUUUAGUUGUGAUUACUUCGAUUAAGUCAAUCAUUCAGUUUUAUUCUGUUAUCCUUUCUGUUCUUGCUUUAGUCAAAUUUAUUAAUGGGUAAAAUUGUAUAAAAUACUGGUAUGUUUGUGUGUGCCUGUGUGUUGAAGAAUUUGUCGUAAUUUUUAUUCAUAGUUCUGUACAAUAUAAACGAUUUAAAUAAAAUACAAGUUAGUUUUAUUGUGUAGGUGAAGAUUAAAAUAAAAGGAUUGUUGAUAGUUUUAUAUAAUUUGAUAUUGCAAGUAGAUACAAAGAAACGUGUUAGGGAGAUCCGAAUUAUUCCUCAAAAAAGUCCAGAAAGGUCCUGAAAACGUUGAGAAACAUUUUAUCUAACCAGCGCUAAGUAGAAGCCUCAUAGAAACAUCUAGAAAGCGAAGAAUCAAGUGUCACAUUUCUGAUUGGAUAUAUACCUAUUCAGUUACUUUAUUUAGUGUGUUUCUAGAAUCUUCUAAGACCAUCUGAAUCACUAUAAAUACUCUCGAUUUUCUAUACAUAGAGGUACUUUGGAGCAAAGCGUUCUUCUAACACUUCGCGCCUUUUCUCUCAUGUUCAAGUUGCCGUGUAGAUUUAGCCCGAUGUUAUUAGAAGAGCUUAGAAUACGGAAUCAAGCGUUCAGUUAGACGACACGAUAAUUCUACCAUGGCUUAAAGUUUAUCGUUUUCCCUAUUUGAAAGUUUGUUCCAAGUUAAUGACUAAAUCAUUGAUAAUAACAUCUCGUCCCUUUGAUAACUGUGAUACACUUUUUUUUUACAUAAAUUAUGAAUAUCUUAUACUGUUUGUUUAUACUAACAUAUUGCAAGAUCAUUGGUCAUUCCUUUCAAUACGUUGAUCCAGGUGCAUUGUAUUAUUAAUCAUUUAACAGGAUAAAUGCUAUUAUUUCUUACAUCAGUAGAAUAAAUCUGAUACAUAACUUAGCCCAUGACAGACUAUCAGCUUUGAAAAUUAAACCAACAUUAAAUAUACAGGUAUUAUAAUUUCAGUAAACUUAAUCAGUGUUUAGUAGAUUCACCUCAGCGAAAAUAACAUGGUGUUCUUAUCUUUUGAAAAAAUUCGUUUUUUAUUAAUGGUUUUAUUUGCGUUUCGUUUUAUCACAGUACCAGCUAUUCCGUGUUAUUAAGAAAAAGCUGUUAACAUACUUUAUACCUUUCCCUUUUCUUGUUUAUUCAUUACUGAUUGUUACUACUGAUUUAUUCAUCCUACAUUUUAUGUAUUCCUAGUUUUAAGUCAUUACUAUUAUACUUAGUUAUUUCAUUUCACUAAAUUUUCCUAUUGAGACACUAAAAAAAUGCGUUUAGAGAAGAAAUAUUUCUUUUCAAUUAAUUCUCCAUCAAAGCUCUACACUAAUUAUAUAUGUUUUAUAAGUGAGUAGAAAGUCGAUGCCAGUUGGAUUGUUGUGAGUCAGUUUAACAAAGUAAUAAUCAGUUAAUUACAUAACGUUUGGAAAAUUAAGAUUAAAACUGUAGUGAACUUUCAUAAUCGGUUAUCAUUAUCAAUAACUACAUAAUUAAAAUUGGAUGUAAAUUUAUUUGCAUUGUGUCACAGAAUAAUCUCUUAAAGCUGAUUUGUAUGAAAAUACCUAGUUCGGCCUGUUGUGGGUCGAAAUUAUGAAAUUACGACCGCGACCACUUUCUUCGUUCCAAGUCAUGUUGACUAAAUCUUUAGAUUAUGCCAAUUAAUGCAUAUUUGAUAACUUGAACUAAAUAUUAUGGAAAUCACUAGGAUAACUGAUUCCUGAGUUUCGUUAAAUUCCUUUUUUUUGUCAUUGAAAUAACUGUUAAUUACACACCUACAAGUUCACUUCAAAUGAUUUCCAAACGUUUGUCAAAUCGAUUAUUUAUUGUUCAAGGUAGAAUAUAACUAAUUAGGGUUGUCGUCUUAAGACCUCUAUUCCAACACAUAGGUUGUGAUCAGUUGCAAAUUAGAUGGUUGCCACAAUCCAUAAUUAGUGUUCAAAUUAAUCGAGUGAAAAAGAGUGUAUUUUCGUUUUCGGUUAUUAAAAGCCAAUUAGGAAAAUAGUUUGUAGUCGAAUAUCUUUUUGAACAGAUAAGGAAAAUUACUUUCUGCUUAAUUUAUAUGAUUGAGUACUGUAGCAAUCUCAAACUUCAUUGAAUUCGUCUGGAGAAGAAUUAUUCGAUUAAUAAUUUGGAACGUCCAUUUUUUAAAACAGAUUUUCAUAGGUAAAAUCUGGUGCAUUCUUUUUCAAUAGAUUUCGAAACAACGAUCAUUGUGAUAACGUUGAAUAUUUCUACACAUUUAGACAUAGUCUUCCAUUUUGGUUGGAAGAUAAAUUUUUUUAAAAUGUAAACACAAGGAACAGGUAAAAUCAAUUGAGCUAUGUGAUAGGUUUUAUUUAUAGGUUUUUGUUAUCAUGUGGUUCAAUCAAGUUGUUGCUUGAACUUUAAUUUUUUGUCCUAUCACAUUUAGGAAUGGCUCCUUAUCCAACAAUGUAUCCAUUCUAUGGCGCUUAUCCUACAAUGCCAAUGCCUCCAAAUGCAGCGUUUUCUCCCCCUAACAUGAUGCUUCCUGCUCAUUCAAUAGGUGGUAAUGGUGCUUUUCCUAGUGUUGGUGGAGGCAAUACUGACGCACAUGCUCCCCUUGCUGGUGGUGGUCUUCAGGGACAAUAUCUACCUGGACAACCUUCUGCACAGCCUUAAAAAGAUUUCUCUAUGAACAUUUGAUUUUUGUUAUAUUCUCGAUAUCUUUGUUUAAGAAAUGUUUCUUAUGUCUGUGUUUUUGUACUACACAAAACGUGUAUUUAUUAUAAGUAUCCCAUUUAUUGAUUUACUUUUCGACAAUCUUUAAAAUAAAAAAUGACUUUAAUGAUCUAAAACUUUUAUGUUUCUUUCUCAUAUUCGUCCUCUUCUAUAAAUAAAAAGCUAAAAAGUGACUUUCGACUGCUUGUAUUUUUUGACUUUUAUGAAGGUCAUGAUGAACAAGUGUUUUAUGUAAGCAAUAAUCGAUUUUUUUCACGAAUAGACACAUACACCUAAUUUAGCAUUAUGAUUGCGAAUUCAAUGUAUAUGCAAAUUAAAAAUAAAACUUUUGCUAUUCAAUCAGUAGUCCAAUAUUUUGGAACUGAUAUAGUCAUUUCUCCGUGUGGAAAUUCCAACUAUAAGACUAAAAUAAAUUAGCUCUCUAAGCAUGGAACGAAAUCGAUCCAGGCACUGAUUAUUUUUGAAGCCUAAAUGACACUGAAUGUACAAAUAUAUAUGUUUAGUUAAUAAAA